AUGCAGCCUCCAGAGGGUGCACCGGUAGACCUGGGCAAGGCCCAGGUUCUUGACAGUGUUCCUAAGGUGAUCAAAGAAUUGAAGUUUGGUGUCUUAACCAACGAUGAUAUCGUCGGCCAAGCGGUGGUGGAAGUUUCCGACCGAAAGUUUUUCGACUUGGACCAGGCCCGAACGGUCGUCGCCAAUGGACCUCUCGACCAACGCAUGGGUAUCUCGAACAAGACUGACGCUUGCGCAACCUGUGGAAAUAACCUCAAAGACUGCAAUGGUCAUUUUGGUCAUGUAAGACUAGUUUUGCCAUCUUUCCAUGUCGGUUACUUCAAGCGUGUUAUUGGCAUUCUCCAAGAAAUUUGCAAAGAAUGCUCAAACAUCCUGCUCCCCGAAGCGGAGCGCCGUACCUUCCUCCGUGAAAUGCGCCGUCCGGGUCUCGAUAAUCUGCGGCGAAACCAGAUCGCCAAACGCAUCAACGAACGGUGCCGAAAAACUCGUGAAUGUACAUACUGCGGUGCGAUCAACGGCGUCGUAAAAAAGACCGGAACGAGCGCCCUCAAGAUUACCCACGACAAGUUCCGUGCAUUCAAUGCCUCGACCUCUGUGAAAAAACAAACCCCAAUCAGUAAAGAUGUCUUCGACAACUCCUUCCUCGAGGCGCGAGGUGCCAAUCCCGAGGUGGAGAAACAUUUCAAGAAAGCACAGGAUGAUAUGAACGCCCUUCGCGUACUCAAGCUGUUCAAGAAAAUGUCCGAUUCCGAUUGCGAGCUUAUUGGAAUGAACCCGAAAGAAGCACGCCCGGAGAUGUUCUUGUGGCAAUUCAUUCCGGCCCCUCCGGUUUGUAUUCGACCCUCAGUGGGCCAAGAUGGCGCAUCUACCGAAGACGACUUGACUGCUAAACUGGGUGACAUCGUGCAGAGCAAUAUCAACCUUAAGAAUGCUUUGCUCAAGGGUGCUCCUGUUCAGACAAUUAUGGAAUGCUGGGACUACAUGCAGCUUCAGAUCGCUGUCUACAUCAACAGUGAUGUCCCCGGUCUUAACAAAGCCGACCUCGGAAAGCCUAUUCGAGGCUUCGUUCAGCGCCUGAAGGGAAAACAAGGUCGUUUCCGUGGUAAUUUGUCAGGAAAACGUGUUGAUUUCUCUGGCCGAACCGUCAUUUCACCUGAUCCGAAUUUGCGAGUCGACGAGGUUGCAGUUCCAGAGCUUGUAGCAAAGAACAUGACCUAUCCUGAGCUUGUGACUCGAUACAAUAAGGAGAAGCUGCAGCAAAGAAUUAUUAAUGGCAGCAACAAGUGGCCCGGAGCGAACCUGAUCAUUAAAAAAGGAACUGGUUUCAAGCAGAUGCUGAAGUACGGUAACACCGCGUGGAUGGCUGAUCAACUCCAAGAAGGUGAUAUGGUCGAGCGUCACAUCGAAGAUGGCGACAUUGUGCUCUUCAACCGACAGCCUUCACUCCACAAGCUCAGUAUUCUGUCUCAUUUUGCCAAAGUCCGUCCCCACAGGACUUUUCGACUGAAUGAGUGUGUUUGCAACCCUUACAACGCCGAUUUCGACGGAGACGAGAUGAACCUUCACGUCCCUCAAACAGAGGAAGCCCGAGCAGAAGCAAUGGAACUCAUGGGUGUGAAGAACAACCUGGCCACGCCUAAAAACGGAGAGCCCAUCAUUUCUGCCAUCCAGGAUUUCAUCAGUGCUGCCUACAUUCUUAGUAGCAAAGACAAUUUCUUUGACCGUGCCUCUUUCUCCCAAAUCUGUCUUUACAUGCUUGGUCCAGAGACCAGGUUUGACCUUCCGCCACCGUCUGUCCUGAAACCCCAGAUGCUCUGGACUGGUAAACAGGUGUUCAACAUCCUUAUGCACCCCAACAAAGACGACCCUGUUCUGGUAAAUUUGGAUGCUGCUUGCCGUGAGUUCAAACAGCCCAAGGAUGGUCGCCCGAAGGACUUGGACCCCAAUGAUGGCUGGUUGGUUAUUCGUAACUCAGAGGUCAUGUGCGGUGUGAUGGAUAAGUCUACAAUCGGUUCCGGAAAGAAAGAUAACGUCUUCUAUAUUAUGCUCAGAGAUUUCGGUCCACCUGCAGCAGCUGAGGGCAUGAACCGUUUAUCAAAACUGUCUGCCCGAUGGUUCACCAACAUCGGUUUCUCUAUUGGUAUUGGAGAUGUCUACCCCAGCGCAGGACUGGUUCAGUCCAAGAACGACUUGGUAGAAGCAGCAUAUGCCGCUUGUGACGAAGUCAUUGCUCAGUAUAAGGCAGGCACUCUGGAAAAGUACCCUGGAUGUGACGAAUUGCAGACCAUGGAGAACCAGCUCUCCGGUAUUCUCAGUAAGGUCCGUCAACAAGCUGGUGACGAGUGUAUUCAGCAGCUCAGCAAGUACAACUCGCCCUUGAUCAUGGCAACUUCAGGAUCCAAGGGUUCCAGUAUCAACGUGUCCCAGAUGGUUGCCCUUGUCGGUCAGCAAAUUAUCGGUGGUCAGCGUGUACAGGAUGGUUUCCAAGAUCGUACCUUGCCGCAUUUCCCGAAGAAUGCUCGUCAGCCUCCCUCAAAGGGUUUCGUUCGCAACAGUUUCUUCUCCGGCUUACAGCCUUACGAGUUCAUUUUCCACGCUAUGUCUGGUCGUGAAGGUCUGGUCGAUACAGCUGUCAAGACUGCCGAGACCGGUUACAUGUCUCGUCGUCUGAUGAAGUCUCUUGAAGAUUUGUCAUCCAUGUAUGAUGACACCGUCCGUAACUCAUCUGCUGCCAUCGUUCAAUUCCAGUACGGUGAUGAUAAGUUGGAUCCCGUGGAUAUGGAGGGUAAAGCCAAGCCGGUCCACUUCGAUCGGACUUUCAUUCACUCCGAGUCAACAACAUACAACAACGACGAGCCCAGCUUGUUGCCAGCUGAAAUGAUGGACAUUUGCGAGAGCAUGCUUGCAAAGGAACGUGCUAAGCUCACCCGCAAGGACUUGAUGGGCAAUGUUCUUGGGUAUAUGGACCGCAGUGACCAUGGUGUCGACCAGUUCGAGAGUGCGCGUGACUUCCUGGACUCAAUUCAAGAAUACAUCGAAAAGAGGGCUGAUAGAUUGAUCUCCCGGGGUGGUGAUAUUGACCCGUCUGAUCAGCGGAGCCGAAAGGCUCUGGAUCACACAGGCAAGCUGACGGAAACUACUCUGAGGGCCUUUAUCACUGCCUGUUUGUUGAAAUAUAAACGGGCCCAGGUCGAGCCAGGUCAUGCUGUGGGUGCUGUGGGUGCCCAGUCUAUCGGUGAACCGGGAACACAAAUGACAUUGAAAACUUUCCAUUUUGCUGGUGUCGCCGGAAUGAGUAUCACUCAGGGUGUUCCCCGUAUCAAGGAAAUUAUCAACGCCUCGAAAGAAAUCAGUACGCCAGUCGUGGCGUGCGAUCUCGUCACCAAAGAUAGCACCAUCGCUGCUCGUAUUGUGAAGGGCCGAAUUGAAAAGACCUUCUUGCGCGAUAUUAUCCAUUCCAUCACGGAGUUCUGGACCACCGACGAUGCCUAUCUGAAAGUCAUCAUUAACUGGAAGACAAUUGAGGACCUGUCGCUGGAAAUCACGACGCCGCAGAUUGUGCACGCGAUUAAAACCCACAAGCGCUUCAAGGGCAGCGAUCUGAAAUUCUCAUUCAAGCAAUCCUCAAUCAAGGUCCACAUGGAUCUCGAUCCAGCCACCAAGGCAUCUCUCUCUAAGACCGAGGUUGCAGCCACGAGCAUCGAUCCCUUCUUGCGUCUGAAACAUCUCAAGCGUCAUUUGCCUAAUAUUCAAAUCUUAGGUCACCCGCGUGCCACCCGUGCUAUCAUCCGUACAGACGAAAAGUCUACCACCAACACACUACUCGUGGAAGGUUAUGGUUUGCGGGAGUGCAUGACUACAAUGGGUGUGGAUGGUUUGCACACCAAGACCAACAACAUCAUGGAAGCCCGAGAUGUUCUGGGUAUCGAGGCUGCUCGAAGCACAAUUGUCGUGGAAAUUAGUGAGGUCAUGAAGGACAUGGACAUUGAUCCCCGUCACAUGCAACUUCUGGCAGACGUCAUGACCUACAAGGGCGAAGUGUUGGGUAUUACUCGAUUCGGUUUGGCCAAGAUGCGUGACUCGGUGCUUCAACUUGCUUCCUUCGAGAAAACCGCCGAUCAUUUGUUCGAUGCCGGUGGCCUUGGUCGCACCGAUCUCAUCGAGGGUGUUUCGGAAUGUAUUAUCAUGGGCAAGACGGUAUCAUUGGGCACAGGUGCAAUGGAAGUUGUUCGUAAGCUCAACUUCUAUGAAGGCCAGAUUGGCCCACGGAAAACGGUCUUUGAAGACGUUUGGACCGAGCAUUGUGAGGCGCCUUUGACCAGGCGACCUAAGAGGAAGGUCCGGUGA